AUGUCUGACGAAUCAUCCACAUCCCCAGAGCCGUCGGAUUUCAGAGCUCCCACGAUCACGUUUGGCCCUGAAACCAGAUACUUUUACACUGUUCUCACCCCGGAGCUCGUAAACGGCAAAGUAUGGUAUGUAUGGGUGCCAAUCCAAGGACAGUUUAAUACUGUUGACAUCCUCACUUUGAUGGCUAAUUGCGUAUCACAUACUCAAUACAUCGACGAGGUGCCGGACACGGUGUACAGCGAGGACGAAAGAGGAGGCGUCUGGGUGGAGUACUUUACAUCCCCCCAUAUCAAAUGCGCUGAUGUGAUGCUGCGGCUGUAUUCACAUCUCAAGAAGCACGUUGAUGCGGUUAGGGUGGGAUAUGACAUUGACUUGACGACGAAGCCGUACACUGCGCCUGAAGAAUCGAGUUCGAGUUCGAGUUCGAGUUUCAGUGGUGAAAGUCCUCGACGGCCCUAG